AUGACUUCGUUGCGUGGCACUUCGCUUGGCACAGUACCGUUGUUGCUGAACGUGAGUGGUCGUUUGUCAUCGCUUCGUCUAUCGUGCAGUGACAUGGAGCACGGCGAUUCUCGAAACAAUUUCGUAGCAUACAGUCCAUUUCUUGAGAUCCUUUCGGAUCCACUCCUCUUCUUUUCGUUUGACAUAAUCGGUUUAGACAUGCUGCCGAAACGAACGGAUGCGUUCGGAGCGAGUGAUUUUUGCCUUUGUAAAGACGAUAAGUAUCGAACUGAGUUCACAUUGCUGGUCUCGAAUGAACCUUCAUUUGGUAGAGUACACAAGCAGAUGCACCUAUAA